CUGAUCUUGAUGACUAGGACCUCGACGUCCACGACUAGUGUCACCACGGCGGCACCUACUAGCACCCCGACGACUGUCACCACUACUGAGACCUCCUAUGUGACGCAAUGGGGCCCUCCCAGGACGACCACGUGGUGGAAGAGUGAGUACCCUCCAAAUCCGCUGCAUUGUAAAUCAAAGACAUUGACACAUUGCCAAAGCCCACACCGACCCUCACUGCAAGAGAGAAGCCUUCCCCGAGCCGACGGCACUCGCCAAACCCGCCAUCCUCGGCCGACGCGGCCAAUGGCCUCAAAACGUCUACAUGCUGACCUCGCGUACGCAGACACUGGACGUACUGCGAAUGCGAGACGACGACCACGACCGCCCCGUACGGCCACCCGACUCAGCCGCACCAGCCCACCGUCACGAAGACCACGUGGUGGGAUCAGACGACUACCACUUGGAAGUGGACCACUCAGACCCAAACUACGACGGUGUGCGGCUAGGCGACACGCUUUCCGUGCUUGAGUUGCUUGUCGAUCUGCUGCGUCGGGAGUGAACAUUUAGUUGUCUUCAUCAUAAUACUGUCUUACCUCCGUAAUCAGCCGUCGUGCU